ACCAUCUUCCUAGCCACUACUAAAAAUCAGGGAACGUUUGAAAAAGACUCUUACCAAGAAUCACCCUUCUAGCCUUUCUACCCCCAACAAAUCUGUCCCACUCAACCCUGCAAACUACAAUCCAUUUCUAUAUCAGUUUUUUUCAAGGUUUUCAAACAACAUUGGAUCUUCUUCAACUCUCUUUUAUUUUCAUGUCUUCCAACAAGAAAAAUCUGUUAAAAACCCUGUUAACAGCCAAUGCUGGAUGUGGCUGUGGCAGGCAAAACCUUUCUGAUGUUUAUGAACCAAAACCAAAAUCCAAAACCUCUGCACCCCAAAUUCUUAAGCCUUCCUCUUCGUCGAGUUCUCACGAUAGAAACGUUGCCGUUUCAGCCAUGGAAAACGAUGACCUGACAUCCACUUCCUUCUCUUUCAACAAUAUCGAUACAAUAUCAUCAUCCACUACCCUCAACUCUGAAUCUGAACCUGAUCUCUCAAGACCGUCGAAAGUUAUGCUCAGCCCUUGCCCUAAAAUCAUCGACAGCAUCGCUGUGGUGAAGGACUCAAACGACCCAUAUCAAGAUUUUCGACAUUCGAUGAUCCAAAUGAUCAUGGAAAAACAACUCUACACCAAAGAUGAUCUUCGGGAGCUUCUUCAAUGCUUUUUGGAGCUGAAUUCUCCAUGCCACCAUGAUGUUAUUGUCAAGGCUUUCAUGGAGAUCUGGAACCAGGUUAUCUCCAAGGAGAUUGUUACGGUACUGGAGGAACCGUGUGUUGUUCAUGGAGAGAAACAUGGAUGAUCCUAGAGCAAGAAAGCUUUUGGCACGUGUUGGGAUGACAAACCGUGUGAAUACAUUGAGUUCGCACGUGGGAAGCCGCAUGGCGGUUUGUCAAAGUCAGGGUGCUAUAUAUGUAAGAUUUUUGCAUAUAACUAUAAUUAGUAACAAUAAUUAUAGAGAUUUUGUUUUUGUUUCUGUUUAAAAAAUUGAUAAGCAAUUUAUAAGAAGGUUGCAAAUUGUGAUUUCCUUUUUAAUUAUUUUAAAAAAAAAUUAUUUUAAUUAUAAACAGAGAAAAAAAAAUCUUAGAUUUGCAUUUAUAACUAACUGUGCAGUUUUUAAUGUUAGUAGUUGGCUACAUCUGUUGCUGUUUUUAGGUUUGAAAAAAAAAAAAAAAGCAAAAGAGUUGUUGGCCCUUUUUUCAUU